AGAAUUUUGAAUUUUAAAGGGCCACAAACAGUCGCAAAACGCACGCGCAACGUGGCUGAGUCUGAAUAAGCGCGCGAAAGCUCCAUAGCAGCCCCUGCGGCGAAGUACAAUGCCGGAGCUUCCGGAGGUGGAGGUGGCGAGGCGGGCCGUGGAGGAGCACUGCGUGGGGAAGAAGAUUAAGAAGGCGGUCAUAGCAAACGACUCCAAAGUCAUCGACGAAGUCUCGCCCUCAGACUUCGAGGCCGCUCUCCUGGGCAAGACCGUAAUUUCAGCCCACCGCAAGGGCAGGAACCUCUGGCUCCAGCUCGAUUCCCCUCCCUUCCCUUCCUUCCAAUUCGGCAUGGCGGGUGCUAUAUAUAUUAAUGGUGUUGCAGUUACAAAAUGCAAGAGGUCUGCUGUUAAUGACACUGAUGAAUGGCCUUCCAAAUACUCAAAGUAUUUAAUAGAGCUCGACGAUGGUUUGGAGCUGUCUUUUGCUGACAAGAGGCGAUUUGCUAAAGUCCGCUUACUCAAUGAUCCAGCUGCAGUACCCCCCAUAUCUGGGCUUGGACCUGACCCACUAUUGGAGCCUAUGACAGUUGAUGAAUUUUUUGAAUCCUUGAGGAAGAAGAAAAAAUUUGCAAUUAAGGCUUUAUUACUUGACCAGAGCUUUAUUGCAGGUAUUGGCAACUGGAUUGCAGACGAAGUGCUAUACCAAGCAAGAAUUCAUCCACUGCAAAGGGCUACCAGCCUGUCCAAGGAAAACUGUGCAGACUUACACAAGUGCGUAAAAGAGGUCAUUGAGAAAGCAAUUGAAGUUGGGGCAGAUAGUAGUCAGUUUCCUAAAAAUUGGAUAUAUCAUUCCCGCGAAAAGAAGUCUAACGCUUUUGUUGAUGGGAAGAAAAUUGAUUUCAUCAAUGCUGGUGGCAGGACAACAGCAUAUGUACCAGAGUUGCAAGAGCUAAGUGGAAACGAAGCUGCAAUAGCAGUGGGUAAACCCAAAAAGAGAAAAAGUGGUGGGAACGAUGACAGUAAUGGUGGCAUUGAUGAACCAGCAAACAAGGGAGUGAAAAUUAUUGAAAAUGCUGAACUGAAAAAAGGACCUGUGCCUAGAAAUCUAGGUAAAAUGCCUCGGAAUAAAAAAAGAAAAUGGAAAAAGAAGAAAAUGGAAAAAGCAACCAACCACUAAUGAAAGAGCUAAGGUUGGUGAGUAGGGUCGUAAAUGAACGGAAUAACUCGUAAACAAGUUCAGGUUCGGUUCAGAUUAGCUAAAUUUGGGAUUUGUUCAUUUGUUAAACAAAUAGAGCUUGAACAAAAAUUUAAGCUUGUUUAUUAUAAAAGCCGAACUGAUAUAAACUUGGUUCAGCUUGUAUAACUUUAUUUUUGUUACUUUUAUAAUAUUAUUUAUAUAUUUUGUAAUGAGAACAUGUUAGGUAUUUAAAAAGAUAAAAAAUGAAUUCUCUUUGUAAUGUAAUAGAUAUAACUUGAAUUAUUGUAAUUGUGAGUUUUAUAUAUUAGAUAUAUGUGUAUUUGUUUGUA